UAUUAAUUACUGCAUUUCUGUGACGUAAUUGUGUUUCAAUCUGUUUUAUUUAAAUAUAAGCCUUUCGAAUGGCUGUCAUAAACACUGGAUUUAUUCAUAACAUACAUUAAAAACUGAAGAACAUGUUGAGUUAAUGUAAUGAAUGAACUGAGACGCUACAAUGAUCAUUAAAGAGCCACAAAACCAUAUUUGUUCUUUGAACUUUGUAAUAAAAUUAGAAUCAUAUGAAAUCUGAGACUUUGUUUCAUAUCAGAAGUAUCUAAGCACAAAGUUUAUUGAUUAUUGGAGCUGAAAACAGCACAGACUAAUCCAUUCCUCUGAUUUAAGAUUCGUUAUCGGUUCAUCUAAAUGAGGAUUGAUUCAGAAUGAUUCAGUCUAUUAUGACCCAUCUGUAGAAACACCCUGAUGUUCAGAGCUGUGAGAUCUGUGGAAGACUAGCUGAGAUUAGGAAAGUAUGAUCUUCUGUUGUGAACACCUAAACAUCUGCAGUGAAUCAGUUUCUGUCGGUUUAUCACGAUGAUUUUAUGAUUUUCAGAAGAAUAUGAAGGUGAAUCAGUGAGAUCUUCACUCUCUCAGGGUCUUUCAGUCUCAAAGUCUUCUUGAAAUCAGAAAUCAUCAGGACAGGAAGAGCUGAGCCUGUUUUCAACAUUAAAGCUGUUUUUUUCCAUGCAUUUCAACCUGCGGAUGAAGCGAGACACCAGGCUGUUUUCAGACGACUUCAAGCUGGAGAUGUCCGGAGAGGAGCUGGAGUACGACACCUCGCACAUCUACACCGGACAGAUCUACGGAGAACACGGCACUCUGACGCACGGCUCGGUCGUGGACGGGAAGUUCGAGGGCUUCAUUCAGACCCAUCGAGGCACGUAUUACGUGGAGCCGGUCGAGAGAUACCUGCAGGAUAAAAACGUCCCGUUCCACUCCGUCAUCUACCACGAGGACGACAUCCAAUAUCCUCACAAGUACGGGCCGGAGGGCGGCUGUGCGGAUUCGUCUGUGUUUGACAGGAUGAAGAAAUACCAGGCGUCAGUGCUGGAGGAACCGGCGAAGGAGAACCGGUCAGCGGAGGAGCAGGCCUUGCUGAGGAAGAAGAGGAUGACUCAGGUGGAGAAGAACACCUGUCAGCUCUUCAUCCAGACCGAUCACCUGUUCUACAAAUACUACAAGACCAGAGAGGCCGUCAUCGCUCAGAUCUCCAGUCACGUGAAGGCCAUCGACGCCAUCUACCAGGGCACAGACUUCAUGGGCAUCCGCAACAUCAGCUUCAUGGUCAAGAGGAUACGGAUCAACACCACCAGUGACGAGCGCGAUCGGUCCAACCCUUUCCGCUUCGCCAACAUCGGCGUGGAGAAGUUCCUGGAGCUGAACUCGGAGCAGAAUCACGACGACUACUGCCUGGCCUACGUCUUCACCGACAGAGACUUCGACGACGGCGUGUUGGGUCUGGCCUGGGUCGGCGCUCCCGCCGGGAGUUCUGGAGGCAUCUGUGAGAAGAGCAAGCUCUAUUCCGACGGGAAGAAGAAGUCUCUCAACACGGGAAUCAUCACGGUUCAGAACUACGCCUCACACGUGCCGCCCAAAGUCUCGCACAUCACGUUCGCACAUGAGGUCGGACACAACUUCGGCUCGCCGCAUGACUCCGGGUCGGAGUGCACUCCGGGCGAGUCCAAGAGCCAGGAUAAGAAGGAACGGGGGAAUUACAUCAUGUACGCCCGCGCCACAUCCGGAGACAAGCUUAACAACAACAAGUUCUCCGUGUGCAGCAUCAAGAACAUCAGCCAGGUGCUGGAGAAGAAGCGCGGCAGCUGUUUCGUGGAGUCCGGGCAGCCGAUCUGCGGGAACGGGCUGGUGGAGCCGGGCGAGGAGUGUGACUGCGGAUACAGCGAUCAGUGUAAAGACGAGUGCUGCUACGACGCCAAUCAGCCGGACAACAGGAAGUGCAAACUCAAACCCAACAAAGUCUGCAGUCCGAGUCAGGGUCCGUGCUGUACGGCCGACUGCAGCUACAAGAGCCGAAACGAGAAGUGUCGCGAGGAGUCCGAGUGCGCUCACCAGGGCAUGUGCAGCGGCAUCUCCGCCCAGUGUCCCACCUCAGAGCCCAAGGCCAACUUCACCGCCUGCCACGGGGACACGCAGGUCUGCCUCAACGGGGGCUGCUCCGGGUCCAUCUGUGAGAAGUACGGCCUGGAGGUCUGCACCUGCGCCAGUGUGGACGGCAAAGACGAGACGGAGCUCUGCCACGUGUGCUGCAUGGAGAAAAUGAACCCCAGCACCUGCAGCAGCACCGGCUCCGAGCGGCUCGCCCGCUUCUUCAAUAAGAAGGUCACGACUCUUCAGGCCGGGUCGCCCUGUAACGACUUCAAGGGCUACUGCGACGUCUUCAUGAAGUGCCGUCUGGUGGACGCCGACGGUCCUCUGGCCCGCCUGAAGAAAGCCAUCUUCAACCCGGAGCUGUACGAGAACAUCGCCGAGUGGAUAGUGGCUCACUGGUGGGCGGUGCUGCUGAUGGGCAUCGCUCUGAUCAUGCUGAUGGCAGGAUUCAUUAAGAUCUGCAGCGUUCACACGCCCAGCAGCAACCCCAAACUGCCGCCUCCUAAACCGCUGCCAGGAACGCUGAAGAGACGACGAGCUCAACACGCCGCUCAGCAGCAGCAGCAGCAGCAUCAUCAGCACCACAACCAGAACCAGCACGCUCACGGCCACCAGAACCAGCGGCCGGCUCCCCGUCAGGCCCAGCGCCAGCCGCAGCCGCAGCGCCACCACCGGCAGCCCCGCGAGAACUACCAGAUGGGCCAGAUGAGACGCUGAGAGCCGCCGGAGCCGCCGGUCCACGGCCCGACUGAAGGACGCAUCCGCCGCCCACUCCAGAACUCGCUCUCGUCCCGUUCUAGAGCUCCGGCGGCCGCGGACGCGCUCCUUCAGUCUGACCGCGGAGCGAGGCUUUACUCCAAAGAACCGAACUGGGCCGCACCACAUCAUCAUCACAGUAACGGCAGAGCUUCAUCCGGGAUCACGCACUAAACUGGAACGCUUUACGGGAACAAGUCCAGGUCCAUAAUGCUUCCUCAGACUGGAGUUUCUCUUUGGAGUAAAAACGAACCACAACUCCGCCGCUCGUUCACGUUUGCUUCGGACUCACGGAGCAGAUCCGUUCCUGAGUUUUGUUUCGUAAUGAUUAUGUUUGUUUGUUUGUUUUGCCCUCGCGUGCCAAGGUUUACCGGGGUAUUUGUAGAUAGUCACUUCUUUCCUUUGAAAACACUUGAGACUCGACGUGGUUUGAUAUGAAAACAUCAUCUUUUUAAGGAAGCGUCUGGAGCUUCGGCCCGAAUCGUUGCCACCUGGUCGGAAAAGGACUUUUAUUUUGUAAGACCAGAAAUAUUACGCCUUCCCUUUUCCAGACUCACGGCUGUACAGAGAAACGAUAUUAGCUGUAUUAUACGAAGAUUAUUUCUUCUACUGUCAAUAAGAGAUUUACAGUUUUGUUGACAACACUCAGGACUCAAAAACGCUCAAACGAAGCGGCGGUUCGGCGCGAGGAGGACGGAUCCCGCGGCGGCCGCCCCACGUCAUUCCGCCGUUGACCUGCUUCAUUCUGUGUGUGUGUUUGUAUAUAGCUCAUCUCCAAUCACGUCCUCACGUCCACUGCACUUCCUGUACACGCCCCGAACGAGGAAUGUGCAUGAACAACUUGAUUUUCUUGUGUUUGUGUCAGCGGUACGACCAUGAUGAUGAAGAUCAUGAUCGUUUCUAUGGAAGCUUGUUUCCGCCACAGAACGAAAGAUUUAAAAAGUAAAUGCGACUUUAUCUCGCAAUUCUGAAUUUUUUCUCGCAGUUGUUUUUAUUUCUUGCAAUUCAUGCUUUUUCCUUACAACUCAGACCAUUUCUUUUGCAAAUUCGCAAUUCUGAAUUUUUUUUCUUUCAAUUGAAUUGUGAAGGAAAAAAAAUCUGAAUUGUGAGAAAUAAAAACUCACAAUUGCAAGAAAAAAUUCGUAAUCAUGAGGAAGUCUGAAAUGUGAGACGAAAAUGUAUUCAUUGUGAGAAAAAAAAUCAUAAGUAAAAAAUUCAGAAUCGCAAGAAAAGUCAGAUUUUUCUCUGAAUUGCGAGAAAGUCAGAAUUGUAGACAUAAAUCUGAUUUUUCUCACGAUUCUGAAUUUUUUUCUCUCAAAUGUGAGUUUUUAUAUCUUGCAAUUCUUCAUGCAAUUUUUAUUUCUCGCAAUACAUACUUUUUUUUUUUUUUUCAGAUUAUUCCACACGUUAUGAAUUUUGUCUGACAAUUGUUUUUAUUUCUCGCAAUUCUGACUUUUUCUCGUAAUUGCAAGUUUUUUUUUUUCUCUGUAUGUUAUAAAGUCCUACUUUGCAAGGAAAAAGUAGUAAUUAAUCUUUUUUUAUCUUUUUACUCAAUGGUGGAAACAAGCUUCCAUGUGUUUCAGAUUUGAAGUAACUGAAAGUGUUUCUGGGAUGUUCAGAUCCAGCGUUUGCUGUGAAGAGCUGAAACCAUGGUUUGAACCCCAGCUGAUCUAUUCGAGAGCAGGACAGUUCCGAUUGUUCCCUGCUAAUGUGUUUUAAAGUGUAGCUGCAGUUUCCUGUAGAGGAUUCUCACGGUUCUAUUAACACAAGGUUUAGUUUACAGUCCUCCAUCAUCCUCCUCAUCUCCUGCAGAUGGGCGGCAGACUCAGGUGUGUGAAGGGCCGCUCGCCGAGGGAACAUCACGCUUCCCUUCAUCCUCUCUGACAGAGAGCAGGACCAUCUCAGCAGGUGUAAAAUAUGUACAGUAACUGGAGAAUUUCUGUUAUAUUUGAAGGUACAUUUUGAUACUUUUCUUUUGUUCGAGUCCAGGCCGGCCGCCGAGCCACAUCCGGUUCUUCUUUUCCGUACUGCCGUCUGCCAUGAAGAAACCAGGCGGCGCUUCGGUGGUUUUGCGGCGGUCUGGACUGGAGGAGAUCUGAAUAUUUGCCUGUAUUUGACUUCUUUUAAUUUUUACGUAGUCUUGGUGAAAUUUCAUAGAGGAAAAGUGCACUGAAAAAAGUCUUAAUCGAGUCCAAAUGUCGUAGGUGAAAAUAGGCCGAACACUAAAAUUGAGAAACGAAUGAACAAAAAAAGAUUAAUACUGCUGUCUGUUAAUGUUCACUGUGUUUUAUACAGUACCUAAAUUUUUGUUCACUUUGAACAUUUUUACGUAACAUUUCAAAACGUAUUGUGCAAAGAGAUGUAAUUUUUUUGGAGUACUUGAAAUGCAUUAAUAAAAAGACUGGGUUGAACGGCU